CCCUCGUCACUUAAUCCACAUUUUCCUUGAAACCAAGUCAACUUCCUGCCUUUCACGCCGUUUCAUUCGCAACAAACGACCAAACACAUACAAAAGUCCCACAUAAACAUCAACUACGUACAACACCACCUAUCUCUCUCUCUCUCUCUCCUGUGUUUUCUGCCUAUAUGCAAAUGUUUGAUGAUAGGGUUAUAGGCAUGCUGCUGCUGCUGUUAUUAUUAUUUAAUUUGAAAAGCUAAGGAAAACAAGUAACGGCAUAUUCCUCCUCUAUCUUUUUCCCUGCGCUCUCACUCACUUUUUAGUUAUUUAGGGAGAGAAAAUCCUGGGCACAUACAAAACAAAUUCAAUUCAUUGUUUGCAAGACUUCAACUUCAUCCCAUAAAAACCCACCCAUUCUCUUUUCUAAGCUGCAUUUUCCAGUUAUGGGAAAACCCAUGUAGUAUUAUUAUUCAUAGAUUGUUACUCUUCCUCUCUCUCAGCCUGCCUACCUACCUACAGUAAUCAAUUUUUCUUCAAAUCCUCUGGACAAAGAGCAACUUUUUGGUGUAAACUUUCUGUGUUUCUUGAGUGUUUUUGUGGGUCUUGAGCCAAGUGUAAGAUGGUGGUGAAGAUAAUGAGGUGGAGGCCAUGGCCGCCCCUAAUUUCAAGAAAGUACCAGGUGAAGCUGAGUGUGCAUAGGCUUGAGGGUUGUGGUGAUUGGGUGCAUGAGGGUGCAGACGAUAAUGGUGAUCUUGCGGUGGAGAUCAGGUGGAAGGGUCCCAAGAUUUCGCUGGGCACAUUCAGGAGGACUGUGAAAAGGAACUGUACUAGGGCGGAGGUUGUCAAGAGUGUUGAUGGGCCCAACGGCGCCGUCUUGGUGGAGUGGGAUGAAGAGUUUCAGAGCGUUUGCAGCCUUUCUGGGUACAAGGACAAUGUGUUUCAUCCUUGGGAGAUCAACUUCACUGUUUUGCAUGGGAUGAAUCAAGGGGCAAAAAACAAGAUAUCUAUUGUUGGUUCGGCAGCCUUGAACCUUGCUGAAUAUGCUUCCAAGACCGAGGAGCAAGUCACUGAAGUCAAGAUUCCACUAACAGUUUCCAGCAUGGCAGUUGAGCGUCAUCCUGUUCUUUGUAUAUCUCUUAGCUUGCUGGAACUUAGAGCUGCACAAGAACCAACACAGGCUGUCCAAAGUCCAGCAAUGGCUCUUCGAUCUCCUUCAGCAUCUGGUGAGAGUUGUUCUACAGAGAAAGAUGAGGUUUCUGCUCUUAAAGCUGGUCUCAGGAAGGUAAAAAUAUUUACGGAGUAUGUCUCAACUCGAAGAGCCAAAAAAGCCUGCCGUGAGGAGGGUAGCGAGGGCAGGUGCUCUGCCAAGAGUGAGGACGGUGAAUAUGCUUACCCCUAUGAUUCGGACUCACUUGAGGAAUUUGAGGAAGGAGAAUCUGAUGAAGGCAAGGAGGAUUCUGCUGUUAGGAAGUCUUUUAGCUAUGGGACAUUGGCGUUCGCCAAUUAUGCAGGUGUAUCGUAUUAUUCGAGUGCCAAAAUCAAUAAUGACGAUGAGGAUUGGAUUUACUAUAGCAACCGCCGUAGAUCAGAUGUUGGCUGUUGUCAUGUGGAGGAUCUGGGUUCUACUAUUCCUGAGCAAUCAUCAAUCCAGAAUUCUAAACGUAGUAUUUUACCUUGGAGGAAGAGGAAGCUCGGUUUCAGAUCUCCAAAAGCUAAAGGCGAGCCAUUACUUAAAAAGGCUUAUGGAGAAGAAGGAGGAGAUGAUAUAGACUUUGACCGCAGGCAACUAAGUUCUGAUGAAUCUGUGUCUUUUGGGUGGCAUAAAACUGAUGUAGACUCGAACCCAAGUCAUCCAUCGGUUUCUGAGUUUGGUGAUGAUAGCUUUGCUGUUGGCACCUGGGAGCAAAAAGAGAUAACAAGCCGAGAUGGACAUAUGAAGAUUCAAACACAGGUCUUUUUUGCUUCCAUUGAUCAGCGAAGCGAGCGGGCUGCAGGAGAAAGUGCUUGUACAGCCCUUGUUGCUGUUAUUGCUGAUUGGCUGCAGAACAACGAUAACCUCAUGCCCAUCAAGUCACAGUUUGAUAGUUUGAUCAGAGAUGGCUCCUUGGAAUGGAGAAACCUCUGUGAGAAUGAAACUUACCGCGAACGAUUUCCUGACAAGCACUUUGAUCUGGAGACUGUCCUCCAAGCCAAAAUUCGUGAUCUUUGUGUAGUUCCUGAGAAAUCAUUUAUUGGGUUUUUCCUUCCAGAUGGGAUGGAAGAGGGGAAUUUUGAAUUUUUGCAAGGUGCUAUGUCCUUCGACAACAUUUGGGAUGAGAUUACGUGUUCGGAGAUCUCUAGCAACGGCUCAGCCCCCAUUUUCAUUGUCAGUUGGAACGAUCACUUUUUUAUCCUCAAGGUUGAAACAGAUGCUUACUACAUUAUAGACACAUUAGGGGAGCGACUGCAUGAGGGAUGCAAUCAGGCUUACAUACUGAAAUUCGACAAAAACACAACAAUCUGUAAACUGCCAUGUGAUGGUCAAUCAUCUGAAGAAAAACCUGUUGCUCAACAGGUUGCUGCUGCAGCAGCAGUUGAAUCCCAGAACUCGAGUCCCCAGCCAAGUAACUCAUCUCACAACUCAAAAGAAGGUACUUUGCUGAGAGGAUCUGAGGAACCAAUGAAGAACGAACAGGAAGAAGAGGUUGUUUGUCAAGGUAAAGAGUCAUGCAAAGAGUACAUAAAGAGUUUCUUGGCAGCAAUUCCAAUUAGAGAACUGCAGGCAGAUAUCAAGAAAGGUUUAACCAUGUCAACCCCUCUUCAUCACCGACUACAGAUAGAGUUUCACUUCACCCAAAUGCAACAACCAGCAUCCUCAUCUCCUGCAACAGAAUUAGCAACAUGCACACCAGAAGUACUUGACAUUACAUUGCCUGAGGUUGUCUGCCUGAAGACCACAUAGAAACUGGUAACUGUAUAUGUGAGUAGUGUGAUUACUGCUAACUUUACUUUAGACGUGUAGUUUUCAGGUGAAUGGGGCCGCAAAAGAGCAUCCAGUUCAUCUUCUUUUUCGUUGGAGAGUUUGUGUUCUUCCUUUUAUGCGUCUAGGAUCAGAAACGUAACCAUCUUUACUCUAGGUGUCCUUUGGUGCACAUUUUGAUUUUCUUUAGACUUUUGAAAGGAUAGUUUGUGAAUCACUAUGUAUGACAGACCUCUAUACCAGAUCUUUGUGCUACUUAACUUUCUCUAAUGUGGUGCAAUACAUAGUAGCAAAAUAUGCUGCUGCUAUUUUGAUAGUUCACCUUCAAUUUUGUAAUUAUUGAAUUUCAGAUUUGAAAGGCAUGAUGGCCUAUGAUGUAUGUUGUUUAGGUUCCAUUCAUGCACUCACCCUUUGUGGUUCCAUUAGCUGGAAAGAUAGGUGCCCCCAUCUCACUACUUUU